AUGGGCUGGUUCUCUGACGACUCUGAUCAGGCUGGUGCUUACGACCAGGUAGUGAACGCCCCUCACAAGGCUGAGCUAUCUCACGAGCUGAUCGCUGGUGCUGCCUCUUACGAGGCCGCGAAGGCCUACGAGAGGCACUGCGCCGCCAACGGCCAGCCCGCGUCUCACAGUGAGGCUAAAGAGCUUGUCGCUGGUUUUGCUGGUGCCUUCGUUGACCGCAUGGCUGAGUCCAAGGGUCUCGACUUCAUUGACCGCGAGAAGGCCAAGCGUCAGGCUCAAGCGCAGUACAGCGACAAUCUCUCUCAGGACUACAGUGGCCAGUACUAA